AUUUAAUUCGUGUUUCCGCAGGUUACUGCUUGAAGUACUCUCCAGUCUCAGUGCGCUAUCUGAAGCAGCUGCGAAGUUUUUCCGAUGUGAAUUGACGUAAUUCUACGAAUGUGAUCGAGUUUAUUUUCGCGCGGCUGUUCGAAUAUUAGCAUCAUGUCAACCAUGGAUCCUUCGGAAGUAUCUCUGACGACUGUUGCGACCACCUUCGUGGCCAACGCAUCUGAAAUGUCCAUUUUUGAUGGCAACGGAAGUAAAUCGAGCAGCUCGAUGCAAGCUCCUGUUGAAUCGUCAACGAAGUCUCCCGAGCAGUACGCCCUGAAGGCAAUUUUUCUGCAAACAGCCUCGGCUCAGGUCAUCGCGGGAUUGUUUACGUGGGCAGCUUUAAUUAUUACAUGCCACCAGAUUUACCAAUACCUGCGGUUCUACACGCAUCCCCCGGAACAGCGAUGGAUUGUGCGGAUACUCUUCAUUGUCCCUAUCUACGCGUUUGAUUCCUGGCUUUCCCUGCUGUUCUUUCGAAACGAAGAGUAUUAUGUGUAUUUCGACACGGUUCGAGAUUGUUACGAGGCUUUCGUCAUCUAUAAUUUCUUGAGCCUCUGCUAUGAAUAUCUUGGUGGAGAAGGGAAUAUCAUGAGUGAAAUACGUGGAAAACCCAUAAAAUCCAGUUAUGUGUAUUGCACGUGCUGCCUGAGUGGGAGGACCUACACUAUUGCGCAUUUAAGGUUCUGCAAGCAAGCCACUCUGCAAUUUUGCUUCGUCAAGCCGGUGAUGGCAUUUAUUACCAUCAUUUUGCAAAGUUUCAACCAUUAUCAUGAUGGAGAUUGGAGUCCGGACGGGGGUUACAUCUACAUUACGAUCAUCUACAACUUCUCUAUCAGCUUGGCGUUGUAUGGUCUUUUCCUCUUCUACUUUGCCACAAAAGACAUGCUUGCUCCAUUUGAUCCCGUGAUAAAAUUCUUCACGGUGAAAAGCGUCAUCUUCCUCUCUUUCUGGCAAGGCGUUCUGCUGGCAGCCCUCGAAAAAGGAGGUGUUAUCCAACCAUUGGACAAGGCCGAAGAUGGAAGCAGUGGCACAAGCGCGGGAACCGUAUCUGCUGGCUACCAGAACUUCCUAGUUUGCAUUGAAAUGUUUUUUGCGGCCAUUGCUUUGCGAUACGCAUUUCCCAUUUCCGUGUAUUCCCCGGCUGCUGGGGCCGGGAUGGGCUUUGGACAAGGCCGCUCUGUAACAAUGCAGAGUAUUUCGUCGUCCUUGAAGGAAACCAUGAAUCCAAGGGACAUCAUGACUGACGCAAUACAUAAUUUCCACCCGCAGUACCAGCAUUACACCCAGUACAGUUCAGGACCGAGGAGUCCAACACGGAGCCCACAAGGGACCCGACGCGUCCCUGGAGAACCAGACGAGGCACUUCAGGACAGGGGUCACGUUACAAGGGAAUCCGCGUCGGCUGUGAGGUAUGGAAUCUCUUCAUCGAACGCUGAAGCUCCUACAAUUCCACACACAUCGCAGAAAAGUAGACGCGUCACUCCCCCGGUCGUCAAAACCACGGAGCCCUCUGAUUUCUCUUACCAGACUCAAGCGCCGGCGAAUUCCCGACCUAUCGUGAACGAUCCUGCUGCAGUGCCCCGCCAACGAAACAAUGAGAAAACCCUGCUUCUUUCGUCUGAUGAGGACGUUCAAUGAAUCCUUGAUUUGUGAAUUUUUGUUGAGGCAGCGGCUCUGUGCGAUUUACUUUCUAAAAAUCCUGCGUUUGAGCCGAUUGGAGCAUUGCAAAUACUUGGACAUCAUGUCGAACUGACUCUUCAUUAUGUACGUGAGUUGAUGGAUGUCAAUUUCGGAGGCGUCUCGCGUAAUUGUUUUUCUGAAGCAUCUUCUGAAGUACACGAGGCCACGAAGACUUAUCUUUUAGAUACUUCCUGAUUUAUUCAUGCAAGACAUGCGUUACAGUUCCCUCUCUUCGAUUUUCAUUAUCUUGUGGAAUUUUGACUCGACGCUUCAGAUUAAUAUUCUGAACAGUUCAUGAUUCAAAUUCCCAUUGAUCAGUCGUUCCAAUUUCGUUGAACUGAAAUAUCAGCUUGUACUGCAUAUCAGGGCGAGUUGUAAUCAAUCAUCUUGACCAAAGGUUGUAUUCAUUGAGGUGGGUGAAAAUGUAGUGAUGUACGAGGUCUCACUUUCUAAAUAGGUCAUAUUUUUGCGAGAACACCACAAAGAUUCAUAAUUGAAGUGUAUUUUUUUAGAGAUCCAGAAUUGGUAGAUGUGAAUGUCAUGAUGUCCAAGUAUUUGUAAAGCUGAAUAAAAUUAACUACCUCUGUAAGGCGCAGCUUAAAUUUUUUUCCCUUACGGGUUGUGACUGUUUAAAUCCAACUAAUGUCCCGCUCAAAAGUGUUUUCCUGUGUUACCAGGCGUUACUCUUGGCUUUUGUCGACAAUCGACGGUUCAUCCCUUCAACGAGCGAUACAUUCCAAGUGUGCGAGAAUUUUUUUUUCGGGGCGAAAGUUGAGCCAAAGAUGGUGCGAUGGAACGACUUGUUAAGCCUAAUUUCAUGUUCGCUGUGUUCUUCGCUCUUGGAAAGGAAAAUUGCUGAAGCUUUACUGAUUUUAUCAUGGUACGUGACGUGAAGGAAGAAUUUAGUUUUAUUCCACUGAACGAUCUCUCUCGCCCUUCGUUCACGUUUUCUUGAACUGACUUGAUCAGGUUUCGAGUGCGCGUGUUUUCUUUGGUCUUGAGCUGAGUGGAGAUAAGGUGCGGAGGAAAAUAAUCGAGAACGUGGUGGACAGGAGAGUGGAAGUAUUUGCUCUUUCUAUGUUUUCUCGGUCACUGCGUAUUGGAAAAGGAGUGUACUUCUCAACGAUGAAAAUGAUACUGAGAACUAAAACUCCAUGACGUGAUCAGGAAAUGCUCGAUGGGUGUUCGUGGGUGGGUUUUUAAUUGAUUCUAGAAGUUGAUCUUCGCAUUCGCACAGGGUGUCCAGAUAAGUCACUGUGCACUUGUGCUGUCAUAAAUCCUUAAUUUAUUCAUUUUUUAAUCUGUCCAUAAGAGGAAAAUCAUUUUGGUUAGAUGUCACUGGCUAUUUGCACGUGAGCCUCGCGGUGGUAUUUGACGAUGUUGGAUAAUUUUCCAUUAUGAAAAUUUGGUUAUAAAAUAAGGAUAAUUCAUCUGCACUUUUGCAUCAAGUCGUAGAUUAUGUUGGCUUAUCACCAAUUUCUUCUUUGCUGAAAGUAAAAUUACCAUAGAAAUUUAAAUAAUAUAAAAUUAUGUAGAUUUCCCAGGCGAAGUUACGGCAUCGCCUAUAAUUUUUCAGACUCUUCGUACAAAUUAAAUUUUCUUACAGAAUCGUUAAAUCGAGCUGGAAAUGAAUUUGCUCGAACUUAAUUAUAACGGUAGCUUUGUUACCUGUAAGUGAUGGGAGAAUGUGGGCAAGGUUAAUUGAAGGUGCAUGGAUUCGACUUUCAUUACUGUCCAUUACGACUGUAUGGCCAAUCAUGAAACAAACCUUGUAAUUACCAAAUUGAUGAUGCCCGUCUCUCAACAACUGAAAUUGUUAACUCCUCUGCCAAGUAAAUUUUUGGACAUCCUGUACUUGCCAUAGUUGUGCUGCGAUUCAAUUUUUACUGAAGGUCAAUUGGAUUCCCACGUUUGCUUUUUUUUGCAUUUCUUUCGUGAUUCAUUUUCUUUUUAUGUGUUCUGCAGUAGUGGACAUCCGGUGAGCAAGUCCUGAUACUCGUAAGUUACGUCGUUAUUCGUGGGAGGUUUCUUUGAAAAGGCGGGAAUCGUUAAUUGUUUCGUUUGGUUUAACCUUGCCCAGUGUUGACGCAAGCGUUAGUUAAGCUAGCUGUGUUUGCCAUAGAGAUAUCCUGACAAGUUAUAAUGGCUUUAUUCCCGGGAGUGUGUUUUUUUCUUGUCGUACCCGACCUGGUUAGCGAUUGCCAAACGUUUCCCUAUUUUUAAAUUUUUAUUUGUGUGCCUCCGAAGGCUGUUAGACGCACUCGUUAAUUUGCAGCUAAGUUCUCGGCGUACUUUCCGUAUUUGGGAAUCCCGGCAGGUGGUUUGCUUUGAUGCGAACUUUUUUUUAUGUGAUGCGCAAGAAUUUUUGAGGUGACCAUUUUUUUGGGGGGCUUAUCCUGCGAUAGAUAGAGCAGCAGACAUCGUCCCCACGAAGGUGUUUGGAUGUUUUGGAAUGCUUGAAAUGCAGAUAUCGAUGUGAUCCGUGAAAUUGCAGAACA